AAAUAAUGAAAUAAUGUUGGCAAAGAGGCCUGGCUUUUCUGCAGGGGAGGCUACUUUUGGUGGCCGAGGUAAACAGGAAGUGGAGUGUCUCUGAGUCAAGCAAAAUAGACAGUAGACAGUAUUAGUGUCUAUUGUAAGAAAGUCUGAUGUGUUCUUGAACAUUAGCAACGACCCCAGUGAUACUUAUUAUAUUCCGCAGUUGCCCCAAGUCCCAAAAUAGAUACUCAUGUCCGUGGACAAUGUUGCGAAAUAAAGAAGGGCAUGGAUUUUGAUUGAAGUUGAUCUCAAGAUAGGUUGUUUGUGAAGUGUUACACAUCAUACGUAAAAAGCGUUACAACUUGGACUGACACGAAUCAUUUCAAGUUAAAGUGUUAUUGUUGUUGUGCUUCAACAUUUGCAUCAAAACCUGCGAUUAAAAAAAAAAAACGCUAGCCAACGUGACACCGAUGGAACUGUUAGGGUUUAGACUUGAAUUGUAUCGUCAAGUUGUGUGGAUUGAGUAGAUCUAAUUACAAAUCUAGAAAUCGAAAAAGUGCCAAAAUCUAGAGUUAUAAUAGAACACUAGCCUAGGCUAGAUUCUAACUUAAUUUUGUGUAGGCCUGCCUAAGUGAAGAUAAGAAAUCAAUUCGUCCAAAUCCAGUGUUGAAACUGGAUUCACUCUUCUCAAACUAGGAAGGUAUAACGUCUUUCCUUAUUCUGUCUUCACCUGCCGUCCAGGCCCUCUGGCACCGACCAUCGACGUCGCCAUGUACCAGAGCUACGGUCGUGGCAGCGGCUACGCUGGCUCAGGGAGCCUCUUCGACGCCAGCCCCACCAACCACUACGCCAUGCCCAGCGGCCAGUCCCUCAGCCACUCACACCACGGGCUGUCCUCGGCCUACUCCGCGUCUGCUGCCUCCUCUUCCCGGUCCGGAGGGAUGUCGUCGUCGUCCAGUUCUUCAGCGCUGUCCGCUCAGAGUGAGUCGUCCGCCCUGUCCCUGCUGCAGCAUCUCGACAAGAACGAGCUGCAACAUCUGCUGGAGAAUGACUCGAAGCUACAGGACCUGGUCGAUGACCUUCCCCAGGUUAAGAGCAUGCAGGUGGAACACGACAACCUGAUCGCCACCAACAAAAGCCUGGCCGAGUACAACCUGUCGCUACAGCCUCGCAUCGAGGACCUGAAGCAGUACGUGGCUGGGGAGUACGAGAAGGUCAACGCGCUCAAGACAGACCUGGCUUCACACAAAGCAACUCUAGAUACGUACGUGGGUCGCCAGUCUUUGGACACCCUCCACGCCCUGCUGCAGACGGAGACGGCAAAGUCGGAGGAAGAAUCCGAGGAGCUGGCCGACAAGUUCUGCAGCAAAGACGUGGACGCUGAGGACUUCAUGACUGAGUACUUGCCCAAGCGCACCGUGGCGCACCUACGCCGCAUCAAGAGCGAACGUCUCGCAGAGUUGAUACGAAACACCGGCCCCGGUGGGGCGUCGCCCGGGUACGGGGCGUCUCGCGGCGCUGGUGCGGGCAGUGGGGGCGGCAACAACAGCUGGGGUAUGUCCUCCUCCGUGCACGGACACCACCAGGCCCCGUACCCUGACGCUGGCGGCCCGGGGGGCGCGGUACCUCCCUACCCCACGUCUGGUUUUGGCAUGCCGCAGCCCAACAUGUACUCGGGCCACUGAUGUGUGGGUGUAGACCCCCCCCUCUUCCUCAAUACACAUUUACUCAAGCCACUGAUGUGUGGGUGUAGACAUCCCCCCCUUCCUCAAUACACAUGCGAUGAAGACUACAGGGGAAAAACAACGGUUGUGACAAACUGAAAUUGGCGAGGAUACCAAUUUUGAACGCUUGUUGACUAAUAACUGUAUUUCUGUUCAACUGUUGGUUGAUUAUUGUUGGUAGAUUUCCCAUUCAACAACACUGAACAAUAAACCACCAGUCAAACAAAUAGGAAGUUAUGAGUCCAGAAGAUUUUACAAUUGGCACCCUCACAAUUUCCAGUUUGUGACGGCCGUCGUUUUUCCUUGUGCUCUUCACAUGUUGUGUCGUGGCCUGUGUGAUGCAAAGACUUUUCCCCCGGGCGGGGGAGGGGGAGGUGUUGCCUUUCCUGAAAGUUUCCAAGUCUCUGACAUUUCGGGAAAAUGGAAAGCGGAGAGACACGGAAUUUCGCAGACUUUUUCUUUCUUGUGUGAUAGUUCUAAUUUCUGUCCUGUUUUAUUUGUACGUGUCAGGGCUGCGUUUUGUUUGUUGACGCGUGAGUUGGUUCAGGAAGUUGUACUUUGUUUUGGUGGCGCCCAGAAGUCCUGGCCGGUCACUAUUUCCUUCCCCGUGAUGUUGGAUUUGUUUUCCCUCCCCUUGCAAGAUGACCACUGGUUAAGAUGACCACUGGUUAAGAUGACCACUGGUUAAGAUGACCACUGGUUAAGAUGACCACUGGUUAAGAUGACCACUGGUUAAGAUGACCACUUUGUACUUCACAUUACUCGGCAGAAUGUUCGUUUGUUUCGGCAGGCACUUAAUACCAAACUACCUGGGGUUUUUUAAGGUUUUUUUAUGCGCUCUUAACACUAUCCCCCCACACAGACACAGCGCGCAGAGCACGCAACACUUCUCCCCACGGACCAGGAUACAGAUGUGGUACAGGCUAUAUCACACCGACGUCGAUACAGAUGUGGUACACGCGAUAUCACACCUAUACAGAUGUGGUACAGGCUAUAUCACACCUAUACAGAUGUGGUACACGCUAUAUCACACCGAUACAGAUGUGGUACAGGCUAUAUCACACCGAUACAGAUGUGGUACACGCGAUAUCACACCGGCACCGAUCGGCGGCCCGUGGGGGCAAAGUGUUAAGUGGUGACAACUGGCAGAGAACUGACCGUGUUUCGUACUUGUGUCUCCAAGGAACGUGUGUGUGUUGCCUCGUGGACUCUAUAAAGUUUUCACUCAA